CGGCAUCUUAGAAGGAUCCGAGAGCCUGACAGCAGCAGUAAGGAGAGCUCCAGCCAUGAGGAGGAGAGCUCCAGUAGCGAAGAAGAGGAGGAAGAGCAAGAAAGACCAUGACCAAACCCCAAUGAUGCAGACAAUCUGGCUGAUUAUGUAAGUCAGCGCAUCUACUGGCCACUUCCAAAUCCAAUCAUCAGAUGCUAUCAGGUGGUGGAGGUGGUGGAAGACCUCCUGAAUGUCUACAGCUCGGUCUUUCAAGAGACUUUCUUUCCGGAGCUGCAGUCAGCCAUCGGAGUGGGCAGUGCCUUUGAAGGUUGGAGUCCCCGUGAGAAUGACACUGUCUACCGCCUGCUUAUGCCCAUGACGGCCCCCCGUGGGCACUCCUUCCACCUGGAGCUGGGCAAUGAGGAUGAUAUGCUGGCAAGGAACUCCUCUAUCCGUGUCGAGCUGGAGUGCACGUGCGCGAGGGAGCAGGCCUUUGAGGACAUGCUGUGCUUCCUCCACCAUUCUGAGGAUGAGCUGAAAAAUCAGGAGCCGAGCCUCCUAGACACCCUCUGCACCGACUCCUACCUAGAUGCGGAGAAGACUGCAAGGUGGUUCCAGAACUUCGUGAAAACAGCCUGGGUGGUUAUGCCUCAGUCGCACAUUUACAAUGUAAAAGUGCUACCUUCCAGCCGCUCCUGCAAGUUCCAGAUGACAAAUGCUACCAAGAGAAACCUCACCAUUGAGAUAAUAUUUGGGGUUCAGCAAGGCAAUUCAGACAUCUUCCUGAGCAGCCAGAGGACAGAGGCCAUCUUUACCCGCAGCACAACAUGGCCACAGAGCUGUGCUGUUGCAGAGAGGAAGUUCUUCCAGCACAUAAACGCCGAAGCCUGGUUCUACAGCUUACACCUCAAGUGCAUGCAGAUCUGCGCCCGUAUGCUGGUGGGCACAAGCAUUUCCACUUAUGUCAUCAAAACUGUUGUCAUGCACCUCCUGACCACCAUCCCCUUGGAAACAUGACAC